CGGCAGAAGUCGGGUGGGCGCGCGCGUGUUCGGUCGAGGCAGAGUCCGACGCCAGCCAUGCCGCUGAUCUACGCCUUCGUGGCCCGCGGCACCACCGUGCUGGCCGAGCACACCGGGCACAGCGGCAACUUCGCCACCGUGGCGGCAGAGACGCUUCCCAAGAUCCUCGAGAAGCUCAACUCGCAGAAGAAGUUCACGCUCAUGGCUGACGGUCACACGUUCAACUACCUCGCGGACGACGGGUACGUCUACCUGGUCGUCGCGGACGAGGCGUACGGCCGGCAGAUCCCGUUCGCGUGCCUCGAGCGCGUGAAAGACGAGUUCAAGUCCCAGUACGGCGACAGGGCGAGAGACGCCAUCGCGCACGCGCUGGACCGAUCGUUCGGCCCCAGGAUCAAAGCGCAGAUGGAGUACUGCGCGAACAACCCCGACGAGCUCUCGAAGGUCAGCCGGGUGCAGGCGCAGGUGAGCGAGGUGAAGAAUAUCAUGAUGGACAACAUCGAGAAGGUGCUGGACCGCGGGGAGAAGAUCGAGCUGCUCGUGGACAAGACGGAGAAUCUCCGAUUUCAGGCGGAUAACUUUCACAGGACGGGGCGGCAGCUUCGGCAGAGGAUGUGGUGGAACAAGCUCAAGAUGCAGCUCAUGUUCGCCAGCGCGUUCGUCGCGUUCGUCCUGGUGCUAUUCCUCAUCUUCUGCUACUCGGGCGGCUCCGACUGCACCAAGAAGAAGGAGUAAAAGCCGAAGCUCGCGAGCAGCCGAGCCAGUUUUUGGGGGGGAGAAUGUACGAACAACAGAUUUCAGCGAUGACUUGUGAAUAGAGAAGCGUUCAGAAUUUCAACU